CAUUAACCACAGAGUGUUGCAUGAUAUUUUGUUAAAUCUCUAACAUGAGUGACACAAAUUAUCAUGCUCUUUAUUUCUUGACCCAGGACGACACCUAAAGACAUUCAAAUGCCCGACUCAUCCCAUAAUCCUUUGCACCUCAUGUCUUAAAGCUAAAAUGGCGUUUUAACACAUGGUUCUACAUGUUAUUCACCAGAUCAGCCAUCUUUUAUUCACAGACCUUGUUCCAGGAAACACGUACAACUGAUUAUCUGAUAUGACCGCCAUUUUAACACUUACGUCCACUUCCGUUCCUACACACAAACACACACACACAAAAUGUGAUUAGAAAUGUGCUGAUAAGUUUCCAUGGUGAUGCUCUGUGAGAUGCAUGUUCCCCCAUCGUUCUUAGAAUUGUUGCUGGGCAGCAAAAGGGCCCUGAGUUUAAGUUUUACCCAGAAAGGUUUCUGUAUGAUGUAGUUUCUCUCACAACUUCCUCAAAAAAUCCACAAGUAUGCACAGUAUCUGUACAGCAAUCUAUCAUUGUUCAUUGAGCAAAUGUUAUUUAUGUGGCUGUUCUGUUCUGGUGGUGGUGACCUGCAGCCUAUAACAGGCCAGAGGGUAAAACCAGACAGGAUGGUGCUCAGCAGAUGAAGGUCAGUCAGUGGCAGAAAGUCAAAGUUACUGUUUUAAUAUUUCUCUCUCUUUAUAAAGUUCACACAUCAAAACAGGAGAAUGUUUAAAAUGAGAAUGAGCAAACUGUUUUUUGCAAACUAUUAUAUAGCAACUCUGUAUAGCAACAUGGAUUCAAAUUUAGUGUUUUUUGUUUAUUUGUAUAUUUUUUUGCAAGCCUGAACAGAAUGUUGUGCAUAAGAUUAAAAUAUCUCUGCAACGGACAGGAAAUACAAACCAGCAUCAAGUGCUGCAGCCUCAGUGGCUGCUGUGGUGUGAAGUUAGUAUGAAAGGGAAGGAAACACAGAGAGGGGAUUGUAAGAGGAAGACGCAUGAAACUUAUUGAUGUCAUAUAUAUUUUAGACUUAACUUCUCCUUUUAUAUGAACACAAUUCAAACCAAGUAGAAGCCUUUCAGUUGAGCUGUGCAGCCGUUCUGGAUGCCAGGAUGAAACCUGCUCUGCUCUGCAUGCUGGGCUUUUUCUUGCUCAGUUCUUUGCUUCAUGGACGUGCUUAUGAAAUCAAGGCAACUCUGGCUGCAGACGAAACAACCAUACCACCAGGGGGCAGUGUGACAUUAACCUGUUCUGUGGGCAGAUAUGCUGGUUUAACAUUUGAGCUCUUCAGAAAACCUCAACCCACCUAUCAGACCAGAGUUUCUCCUCGAUCAGAUGGAGUUUUCAUCAUCACUGAAGGAGGAAUUUACACCUGCAGAGGAUUUAAAACCGAACAUAACUUUAUGACAACUAUGAGUGAUGAAGUUAUUAUACAGGAAACUGAAAUCAAGGCAAAUUUGAAAGCAGACAACACAACCAUACCACCAGGGGGCAGUGUGACAUUAACUUGUUCUGUGGACAAACCUGCUGAUUUAACAUUUGAGCUCUUCAGAGGAUCUUCAUCCACCUAUCAGACCAGAGUUUCUCCUCGAUCAGAUGUAGUUUUCAUCAUCACAGAAGGAGGAAUUUACACCUGCAUAGGAUUUAAACUUGGGACAAACUUUGUGACAUCUAUGAGUGAUGAAGUCACCAUUAAUAAGAGAGUUUCCAACAGAGUUUCAGUCACUUCACAACCAAACCGAUCUCUGAUAUACAGAGGAGAGAAAGUCACUCUGAGAUGUGAGAUCCAGGAUGAUGGAAGAAAUUGGUGGACGUAUGAAUGGAAACCAACCAAUAGAAACUUUCCAUCAUCCAGUGAAUAUAUGAUCAACUCAGCUACUGAUGCUGACAGUGGAGAAUACAGCUGUAAGGGUAGAAGAGGCUACGAGUUUACAGGAUGGAGUGAAGCCAUCAGACUGACAGUGUCAUCUGAUAAACCCAGAGCCACCCUGAAGGCAGAGAAAAGAAUCAUACCAGCAGGGGGCAGUGUUACACUGACCUGCUCUGUUGAAGGAUCUACUGGCUGGGAGUUUUACUGGAUCAGAAAUGGACAAUAUUAUUCUGUAGUUGGAUCCUCCAGAAACACAGAACCAGAUGGAACCAUCAGAGUCUCAGAGGGAGGAGAGUACAGCUGCAGAGGAAGAAGAGGAGACUCAUCUUUUGAAUCAGAAACCAGUAAAGAGGUCACCAUUGAGGAAACUGGUGAGUUUAGUUAUCAGGUCAUCACCAUAACAACACUUGAUCUUUGA